AGACACAAGAUUCAGUAAACUCAACGUUUUGCUUGCUUUCUUGCUCAUUCAGAAAUACACAAGAUUUAGGGGUGUCUACGUCUUAUCCAUGGAUGGUGCUCUGCAUGUGCACCAACUCUCCUUGACUCCUGCUCCAUUCUCCAUUUCUUGGCUCCUUCCGCGCACCGCGGGAGCAGAGCAGUUCGUCCCCUUCCCUUCACAUCCUGGCUCUGCUUCUUCUCGCACUGCGACUCUCUCCGGGUAGCCAGCUGGUCGUGUUCCGGAUGGGCCGGCGAUCGUGGCGCCGGUGACCUUGGCCGGAGGAGUUGAGAUGCGUAACUAGGGGCCGAAUCAGAUCUGGAGUACCAGAAUUUUGUUUCUGAAGCAAAGAACAAACAGGAAGACAUGGCAACUACAGUAGUGGUGGGUGUUUCUACCGGCGCCAUGAAACCCGUUCUUGAGAAGCUGGCCACUCUUAUGGGAAGCGAGUUCUCCAAGAUGAAGAACGUGCGGAAGGAUGUAAAGUUUCUCAGUGAUGAGCUUACGAGCAUGAAAGAUCUUCUUGAGAGACUUGCACUUGUGGACGACGAGCUAGAUCCACAAACCAAGAGAUGGAGAGACAAAGUAAGGGACAUGUCUUAUGACAUUGAGAACAUCAUUGAUGACUUCGGGCGAAAGAUUGUUGAGAAAAAUGAAAAGGGUGGGCUCGUCAAGAAGGCUGUUCGAUUCCUCAAAACUUUCAAUGCUCGUUACCAGAUUGAUGGGAUCAAGAAGCUAGUGCAUGAAACUAGUGACAGACGCAACAGGUAUCAGAUUGUUACUCCUCCACCAAACGAUGCGACUAUUGACCCACGAGUUGCCAUACUCCAACAAGAUGCAGCUAGCCUUGUCGGUCUGAAAGUGCCAAUCGAUGAGCUCGUCGGUUGGCUAAAUGACGAGGAGAUGCAUUUGAAGGUGGUAUCGAUUGUGGGAUUUGGAGGUCUGGGUAAAACAACACUUGCGAAUGACAUAUACCGUCAACCCGAUGGAGGAUUUGAAUGUCGCGCAUUUGUCCCGGUGACACAAAAGCAUAACAUCCCAAAACUUAUUCGUAGUUUACUAUCUGAACUUGGGAGUGAUGCAUGUUCUUAUGAUUGUGAAGUAAAUGUUCUUGUCAACAAACUCAAAGAAUAUCUAGAAAAAAAGAGGUACUUGAUUGUAAUUGAUGAUCUAUGGGAGAAAUUACCAUGGGAUAUUAUUAAAGGUGCUUUCCCAGAUAAUGGCGUUGGCAGCAGAGUAAUAACAACCACAAGAAUACAUGAUGUGGCUAAGGCAUGUUGCUCACAUCCUCGGGAUUAUAUUUUGGAAAUGAAGCCACUUAGCGAUGAAGACUCAAGAAGACUGUUCUUUAACAGGAUAUAUAACAAUGAACAAGCUUGCCCUCGCCAGUUUCGGGAUAUUUCUACUGAAAUUCUCAAAAAAUGUGAUGGUAUGCCACUUGCUAUUAUUACUAUAUCAGGCAUGCUAGCAUGUGAACGGUUUGACCAAGAGCAUUGGGAACAUAUACGAGAUUCUCUAGGUUCGGGAACAAAUUUCACGUUGGAAGGGAUGAGGAAAAUCUUAGAUCUCAGCUACAAGAACCUUCUUCCUCAUCUCAAGACAUGUUUGUUGUAUCUUGGUAUGUAUGCAGAGGACUUCGAAAUACCGAGGCAUCAUUUGGAACUUCAAUGGAUUGCCGAAGGCUUUAUUAGUAAAGAGAAUGGACAAGAUGUGGAGAAGAAUGCAAGAAGUUAUUUCAACGAGCUAGUCAACAGGAGUCUUAUUCAACCUAUAAGAUUUGACAACUGUGGAUUGGUCACACAUUGCAAAGUUCAUGAUAUGAUGCGUGAUCUUAUCUUGCAUAAAUGUGCAGAAGAGAAUUUUCUCACCAUAGUGGAUGACCCUCAAUCCAUCACAAAACUGGAUAACAAGGUCCGUCGACUGUCUGUCCACCUGGAUGAUGAUGAAAUUGAUGGAAUAAAGUUAUGGGGUAACAUUAGUCUGUCCCAUGUUCGGACUUUUAUGAUCUUUGGUGCGUAUAAGGGUAUGCCUCCUCUGCGAUUGUUCAGAUUCCUUCGAGUUCUACACAUUGAAAUUUAUGCAUAUGAUACUGUUGACCUCACUGGACUGUCUAACAUGUACCAGCUGAGAUAUUUAGGGGCUGGUGGUGGAUGCUCGGGGGUCGAGCUACCAACACAGAUCACAGGGCUGGGACACUUGGAAACACUUGAUGUACUACCCUUUUAUUUGCUUCAUCCAUUCGAUAUAUUUCAUCUACCAAGUCUGCUGUUCUUGAAUGUGGAUUGGCGUCUCGCUCGGACACCUUAUGGCAUCGGCAACAUGAAGUCCCUGCGAUAUGUAAAAGAAUUCGAUUUGAUGAAGAACUCACUAGAUAACAUCGAGAGUCUUGGAGAGCUACACAGUCUGAGAGUUCUAUCAGUAUACGGCUACCCGCCUGAUGCGACCAGCAUCAAGAGCCGCAUGGAUGCUCUGUGCUCUUCUUUGGGGAAAAACUGUAUCAGCUUGGAGUACCUGGGUUUGUAUAUCAAAGGCUGCAUGGAUGCCUUGAUGGACUUGUCACCUCCUCCUCGCCGCCUUGAGAGACUCUGGAUGGGUGAUAGGGUAGAAUAUUACUUUAGUGAGGGAUGUGAUUCUAUUGAUCAGCCGGCAGAACUGGGUGAGUGCAGCUCCGUUUUCAGGCUCCCUGGUUGGAUAUCAAAAGCGGAUGAAUGCUGCUUCUUUUCCAGGGUCCCUAAUUGGAUGGGGGAACUAAGUAACCUCAAAGAAUUGGAAAUCAAUGUCCGCAAGCCUGAUGUUGGCAUCCUGGCCGGAUUGCCUGCCCUCACUUUUCUCAGAAUAUACAUCAUCGAAUUUUUAAGGGACUGGUUUUUCAUCCACGCGAGAGAGUUCCCUGUUCUAAAACAUUUAGAACUCCGGUUGAGCAGCCCAUCGUACCUGGCCUUCCAGGCUGGUGCAAUGCCCAAGCUCCAGUGGCUCGGGCUGCAGUUCCGUGUUCGAGGGUGGAACCAGAACGUGCCUGGACCAGCUGGCCUCCACCACUUGUCAGCGCUUGAAGAUUUCUUCGCAAUAAUUCUGACCGAAGGUGCUACGGAGUAUGAGAAGACAUGUGCCGAGUCUGCCUUGAAGACUUCUAUCAAGUUGCGUCCCAACCAUCCUCGCCUUCACAUCCAAAGUUCGUGCGAUGAUGAUUUUAGGUUGGUGUCUUUCCCGUCUGAUGAGUCUGGUGGCGUGGCGGCGCCUCGGAACCGGGGUGCCUGAUGAGUCUGGUGGCGUGGCGGCGCCUCUGAACCGGGGUGCUGACGGCAUCUGAUGAUGUCUCCUAUUCCAUCUGCUAUCAUACCCCAUCAACUCAAGUCUGAGCCGUUGGAGAAGAACUCAGCCGUAUGCAGUCAGCCUCUGCAUUGUAUCGUUUCUUAUUCCGGUGUGUUUAUUUUCCAGUUUUUAUUAUCAAACUGCCGUUUGUGUAAUAAACUGAAUGUUUUCUCUUUGUGUAAUAAACAAACUGGAUGUCAUCUUAUCUGUUUGAAGUUUUAACCUUGUUCAAAAUUGUAAGACAAUAAGUUUUGGGGGAACCAGCACAACCCUCUAGGAGUGGCUUAUCUCAUUAUAUAUAAUGGAUGUGUUACAAUACGUACAA